AUGGGGUCACGAACGACGACGGUACCCUCCCGACCGAAACUCUACCAACGUGCUUGGACCGCGAAUUUCUUGAAAGUGCCCACACGGAUUACAACUGUUCGGCUUGAAGCAUCCAUAAAUGGCCCACCAAACAAAACAAAUAGGGCGUGCACCAUCAGCACGGUGUGUUUUCCACCCUUGUACCACCUUUUGAAUCCUCUCGCGAAUCGCACCACAGAAGAACUUACAUCACCGAAACAUUUACUGCUACCAAGCGCACCGGCCCUUUUGGAUCCUUGGAGCAAAGAAGCUAAAGAGAUUGCAUCGCCCUCCAAAAGAAAGUCGGGACUGGUGCGGCCAGUUGCAUUGUGCCACAGCUACAAUGAUGGACCACGAGGAACUGUGUAUCACGGAACAAGAACAGUCAAUGGCAACGAGAAUGAAGAACUGCAAGUGGAAGUACAAUGCCUCCUUACUGGAUUAUUUGCCCUGAAUGAGCCAGGUCUCGGUCGAGUAGUGGCGGCACAUAUCCUUCCCCGCAAUCUAUCGGAUGGUAUUUUUCGGAGCUUUGGACUACCACCAGGAUCCCGUGACCACAUUCGUAACCUGUUGCCCAUUUGUCGGGGCAUCGAAGAGGCAUUCGAUAGCAAACGAAUCACGUUUCGUGCCAUCUCCGAGGCUACCAUCAAGGAUGAAGAGUUUUGGGGGUGCCAGUUGAUCGUCCUCGAUGAAAGUGUCGAAUCAAAGCUUCUCUGGAAGCAUGCAGAGGCCCAGAUUGGCGAUUUCUCCAACCAUUGUUUCUGGAUCAAGAAGGAGAGCAGAGCCUACACAACCAUCUUGGACUAUCAUCAUCAAGUGGCUUUGUAUUCUGCCAUGGAAAGAGGCUGGAUCACGUAUGAGCAACUUCUCUGUGGGCACCACCAGCAGUGUUCUGGAAGACUGCACAAUGGGUGUCGACAAGAGGCGGACGCAACUCUUGUCCAGGAUGCAACUCCAGCACUGAUCACCCCUGGAGAGUUGGACAGGUUCUCUGCUUGA